UUAGAUGGAUUUUAAGAUUCACUGUAUUCUUGAUAACGUUGAAUCGCUAUUGACAGAUUUCAAUUCAUGCGAUAAGAAAUGGGAUUUUGCGGUGUCAGAUGACUUUGAUAGUUUUAGUUUUAUCCAGUGAAAUAUGGCAUAAUGAUCCAAUGAAGAUAUUGUGCGCGAUGAGAUUCGGUCGAGAACGCGUGCGUCCGAACAAUGGACUUUGACUAGAUAAAGCAAUGAAAGCGUCUGGUACUGAUUAAUUGAUCAGCGUCUAGUUGCGCGUGAGGUUUAGCUCGCGCGCAUUACAGGUCGAAAAAUGCAUUGUUUUAAUUUAACUUACGCAAAGAAGACGUAACGAAGAAGGGUGACGCUUGAUGAGUUUUAAUUGUGUGCUGGCAUAAUUUUAAAUAAACAAUAUAAUAGUGCGAAUAUUAAAUAUGCACGGGCGGGGUUGAUUGACGUGUUAUAAACGCUGAAUUUAAGUCAUCCCACGUCGCGGACAAAUAUUUGUUUUGAAGUUAUGCGAUAUCUUGGCUAAACAGUAUAUGGAAUAAGUAAAUAUAUGUUCGUGAAUUUUCAAUAAAUAAUGUUUUUAUAUUUGAAAUAUAUUUGUUCGGUGUGACAUAUGACAUAUAUUCCUAAAAUACCAGUGUAUGGAUGAUCUCGUAUUUAAAGUGGACGUAUAGGUAAAGUUUUAAUCUUUAUUCACUGUGUAAAGCGAAAGAACCGAUUAUUGCGUUGAGUUGAAGUGCAGUGAAACAAAACAUUAAAAACGGAUUAAUUCAAGAAACGACUAAAUUUUCUGGAAUAAUAUCGGCCGGCUAUAAAUAUGAGCAAUAACGCGUAUAUUAUUCGUAAUUAUAAGAAAUAUAUUAAGACUAUAAUAAUUAUGUCGGUCUGAGUAACCAAAAGAAAAAAAGCAAAGCAACAACUUUGAAAAAACACAGAAACAUAGACAGACAGCUCCAAAAGUUAGGUGCACGUGACGCACAAGCGAGCGAUGGUGGUGGCGGUGCGCGCGACUCCCUCAGGGAAAGGGGGCGGGCCUAAACUCAGCAUGCUGGAACUUGUGUCCGUCGCUAACAACAGAUAUAAAAUAUCAAAGUUACGGAAGCGCUCGGUGGGACCGGCGUUCUGCUACGUGUGCAGUCGGGUGGACCCGAGCGGGCUGCUGAGCAAGACGAACGCGCACUUGUACCGGAAGGGUUUUUUCCAGGCGUGCGAGCACUUCCCCAAGGCACCAAGUAGCACCUUCGUCGAGGAGGAGGGCCGUCUGUUUCAGGAGGACAGAUAUGGCACCCACACUGGCACCAACCUAACCAAAGUCCCGUCCAUCAGCGUCACCAUACGUAAAGGGUCAAGGUCAACGAGCUUUCAGUCGCCCCUAAAGCGCGAGCGGACCUUCGACUCCAGUUACAGUCGGACUGAUAGGCACCUUGGAUCCCGGGAGAACAGCUUCAUGAAGUCUUCAGUAGCUGAAUCGGCGGAAGUCCGCCUGCCAUCUAUAUGCGCCGCCGCUACGGAAAACAACGCCCAGACGCCGUUGUCGAAGGUGUCGUCGUCGAAACUUCAGGUUCCCGCAAUUAAUGACGUCACUAAACCGCCCUUUUCUAAAGAGUCUUUCAAGAACGCUACUGGAACUUUGCCUUCGCUCAAUGUUGAAAGCCGCGGCGGAGGUUCGUUGUCUGAACGGAUCACGGUCAUACCGACUGCACUCGAGGAGCAAACAAGUCCCAUCACUGGGUUGUCGUCUUUCUCCAAGGGGACCACGCCUUCCGCAACAACAAACGAUUUAGAAACAAAAAUGUCCGAAUCGGAAAUAAUAUCAAAUGGUAGCCAAGUGCUGAUCCGAAGCGCGAGAUCCAAUGGUGACAAGCAAUCGUCCAAAGCGUCGGCGUUGUCAAGCGUCAGUGAGAGUCUAUCGGGGCGCCGCCUCGAUCCGUCGGCGCUCUUCAUCAACCGGUCCGACGGUCUGUCGGCUAUCAUCCAGCCGCUCGUCCGAGAACCGGUGUUGCUUGAUCUACGCGAGCUCCCGACGGCGCAGUCUCGACCUAAAGCCGGUCGUCGCCGGCUUCUGAACCGAAGGCGUCACGGCGGUUGCUCUUCUGACGAGAGCGCUAGAAGCGAGAGGCCGGAAUCAGCUCACCUUCGUUACCACCACAGAGCGGAAGAGGACUCCGUUCCAGACCCUGGCUUCGAGAUCCCACCGACGCCAUCGCUGGACAGUAUGUCGCUGUCCGUGUCGAUGGUAUCAAAGGCCGGCGACGAUACGAACUUGAGUCCGGAGGAACGACGACAGAGUCGUAGCAAAUCCGAAAGAGAACCAAGGAAAUCGCAAGUACACCAUGAGGGUUUACUGGUAGGAAUGUCAAGCGACGACGACGACGAGGAGGACGGAAGUAGUUCAGGCGUAUCUUAUCACACGUCGGAGAAGUUCGAAUUUUGUAGGUGUCCGACUAACGUGCGGGACAUAAGUUUCAGCAGGAACGUGUGCAAAACAUGUGAGAAUGCCUACUACGCCAGUGACGCCGGUUCCACGCAAACGCGCUCCCUCCCGAGUCUUAAGGGAACCAGUCGCACGACGGACGCGUCGCAGAGCAGAGUCAAACAAGCCGGGAAAAAGCAUCACAGCGGUGCCGACGGUUCCACCGACGACGUUACGGAGUUCGACGUUAAAGACGGUCAGUAUUGGUCAAGCGACGACGAAGAUUUCCCUAGUCAUUUUGACGAGUCCCCAAGUGCCUGGAUAAAAUACAAGCACGCGCAGCCCUACCCACUGGUCGACCCGAACAUACACAAGUUUGUCUAUAUGCAAGCUAUAAACGCUGUUCAGCUCAAUGCUAUAGCCAAUGCAGGAGACGAUUACAAAUUCGACGAGAUAGAAAAACUUCGGCGUCCGCACGUGUUUUCUUACAUCCCUCUAUUAAAACGGAAAGUCACAAACGACACGGUUGCCCGAAGUAUAGGACUAAGGCCAGUAAAAUCGCCUAAAAUUAGGAAUGGACAAUACAUGAGGCACAUUUUCGGGGAUAUAAAUCCGGAUGAUUUCUACCCUUCGAGAUCCAGAGGGAACCGGUUGGUGUUUGACGGAGCGUCUCGAACGACCGACAGCGACACUGUGACGUCAGACGACGAGUCGGACAAAACAGACAAGGGAAUGCAACCCGUGUUGACGGAAAGAUCGUCAGUGAGUCUGAAAAUGCGCAAAGAAGGCGUGAACUUUUCCAACGAAGAGUCAGCGGAAGUCUAGACCUUUCGCCGUUUUCACCAUUUCCGUAUUUUAGACUUUAAGCUGAAAAUAAUAAUCUUGACAUUGUAUCGGCCUAUGCAUGCUUUUAAUUUAAAUCACCAUAUUUCCACUUUUGGUGCAAAUUUUUGCAUUUGGGACAAAAUGUUUAAAAAAAACAUGCAAAAAUAGUUGUGACCAAUGGUCUCAAUACUUUUUUGUAAGUUUAAAUAUUAUCUUCUUCUGUGCUAAUCGUUUCUAAAAUAUGUUAAUAAGUAUAUAUUAUUCCGCUAUUCUCGUCUAUAGUUUGUUGGAGAUUUGCGCCUUUCAACGUGGUUAAUGAUGGAGUUCCAUGUAACGGAAGUCACGCUUGUACUUCCGGUAGGACUGUGAUACUUACGGUUCCGUUGAAGUUUUUCGAAAAUACGGUUUUACCACAAAAGUUGAUGCGAAAAUGAAAAGCUAACACAUUUUGAAAGUUUCAAAUUUUGUUGGCAAGCGGACAUACCUGCAUUUGGCUAAAUACAUAUACUAGUAUACAUUAGAACUAUAUGGCCAAUGCAGGGAAUCAUAAAAAUGUAACGUAUAUGAUGUUUAAUAAAUGUGCGAUUUUAGAUACGUUUGCAUGUAUAAAUUUAA